AUGAACGAUAAUAAUAGUUUUGAAAAGCACUUAUUUAGUUGGGCUCUUGAAGAUAAUAACCUUCAUACUACAACAGAAGAAAAAAAUGGAAUGAAUCCUACUAUUAUUAACAAUACAACAGCCAUGAUAGAGCAGCCACAGGAGGAAGUAUUUCAUUUAUCCAAUUCAGAUCUUUUUCAGCUUUAUCUAGGAGAAGAAGCUCAACAAGCAAUGAAAGAUGAUUUGUAUCGAAACAAGUCUCUAUCAGAACCUACCCCCAAGAGUUUUAAUAGUAAUAAAAAUCCUACUUCUUCUUCUGUUAUAAAGGAAACACAUGUUGGCAGUUCUAUUGGUCGAUUAGAUUUUAGACUUAUUAGUAAUAAUAUACCUGAAUCUCAAUUCAAGCUUAUGACUUCAAAAGAACGUAGGCAACUCAGGAAUAAAAUUUCUGCUCGUAAUUUUAGGCAUAGAAGAAAAGAAUAUAUCCACUCUUUAGAGCAAGAAUUAGCACAACAAAAGGAAGAUAAUAAUCAAUUAAAAUUAGAACUUAAAUGGAUGAAAACAAAGUUAGAAAAAUUACAAAAGGAAUAUGAAAAACUUCAGUUAGAUUUAAUGCUUGGAAAUAUGAUGAUGAACAAUACUGUGAAUAUAAAUUCGACUACUACUACAACAUUGAAUACAUCUUCUUCUGAUGAAUCUACUCUAUCUUCUUCUCCUUCCUUAUUCACAGAUGAUAGUUGGAGUUCUAUUCUACAAAAUGAUGAGGAAUUUAUCAAUAGUCAUAAUGAUACCUAUUUAUCGCAUGCAGUUGUUCCAAAUUGGAAUAUGAAUCAAAUUUUGUCAAAGGAAACAUCAGCAAUGACGCCAACUACAAACUCAAAUUUAUUAUAUCUAUAUCCUCUUUUGGCUCCUGCUCUUAUGUCUAUCAUUUUAAUGCAUACAAUGACCAUGAGUACAGAGGAAAUUCUUGCAAGCGCCAAGCUUUCUUCUUCUUUCACUCCAGUUAUCAGACAUAACACGAAGUUGCCGCCUUAUUUAUCAUCCACAAAAGAAGCAGAAGCAAUUUGGGAUCUUUUACAGCCUAUAAUAUCACUGAAGAAAAGAAAUCCUUCAUCACACUUGUAUUUAACAAAUAAUAGUGAUGCCACCAUUAUUAAAGAAAUACCACCACCACCACCACCACCACAACCAUCAACAGCAACAGCAACAGCAGCAGCAACAGAUACUAACAAGGCUUUGACAACAACAGAACAGCAAGAUAAAAAUCAUCAUACAAGCCAUGAUGACAGUUCCAAAUCAUGUUCUUUUGAAAGACUUCAACAAAAGAUACUUGGAUAUUUGUGCGAAUUUGUAGCCACUUAUUGUACUGUCACCGAUUCUACACAACAAGUAACUUCUCCUCAUGAAUCAAAGUUUAGUAUUUGUAGGCGAUUUAAACGUGCGACUUCAUGCUAA